AUGGCAACGACAGCAACACAAAUGAAAACACCACUUAAUCCAAGACCGUAUAUUAAUGAAUUAGUCGGAAAGAAAAUUCUUGUUCGUCUCAAAUGGGGAAUCACAUAUAGUGUUCUCGUCAGUGUUGAUCAAUAUAUGAAUGUGCAAUUAGGUAAUGCUGUUGAAUUUAUUGAUGAACAAAACAAAGGUCCAUUAGGUGAAGUUCUUAUUCGAUGUAAUAAUAUUCUUUAUAUAUCAGGUAUUGAAGAAACUGAUGAGGAUGAUAAUGCAAUGGCUUAG